AUGAGUGCGAUUCUGAUGUUACAGUUCAUAUGGAUUCCGUCAAAUGUUGCCACGAUUAUUUCAGUACCUGUUGAAAGCGUUUGUUACCUAACUACAGCCUUCUUUUAUUUCAAGAUCUACCUAGCUGUACGUCACCACAGCAAUCAAAUUCACGUCCUGCAAGCACAGCUAGCACAGAAUAAUGAGGGAGAUAUGCACCGUAAUUUUAAGGGAGUUGUUAAACUCCAAAAAUGGAGUAAAAAUUUUAGGUACAGGAUAACCCCUUUUUGGGGCUAUUUUAACUCCUAAUUUAACUCCAGAUUUGGGGUCAUUUUUACUCCUGAAAAAGAGUUCUUUUUACUCCCAGUCUGGAGUUAAAAUUACUCCGAAAUGGGGUUACUUGUACUCCCUACAUGGGUUGUUUUUACUCUUUUUGGGGUUAUUUUAACUCCUCAAUAUCUGGGGUCACUUUUACGCCUGAAAAAGAGUCCUUUAAACUCCUUUUUGGAGUUAAAAUAACUCCACGAAAAAUAACUCCACUGUAAGGAGUUAAAUUAGCCCCACUAGAGGAGUUAUUGUUACUCCCUCAAAAUUACAGUGUGACUAAUGCUGCGAGGCAGAGAAAAGCUGCAGUUGGUACAUUCUACGUGUAUCUUGUGUUUCUGAUUUGUUAUCUGCCAUCCACGUGUGGCUGGAUUAUCCACACAAGCACUGGACCAAGUACGAUGCUAUUGAAGUUUGGACUUUAUACUAACACGCUGAUCUUCCUCAAUUCAUCUCUCAACCCUCUGAUCUACUCCUGGAAGAUGAGAAAUGUUAGACAUGCUAUCAUGGAAAUACUGAGAAACAUAUUACCAAAUCUACACCAGUGA